CGACGGAAGAAAGAGCAGUGCACAUCACGCUGAGUCCGAAACAAAACCGCCACCGAUCCCAAUCCAAAACCAAUCGCAGCCCUCACAAUUUCCAGGCUCACCCUUUUCCGGUUUGUAAAUCACAUCACGUCCCUAUCCAAGACAAUCAACUCAGACAGUAGUACGGUUCAGCCAAUCCGCACAAUACCAUACUAUACCAUACCAUACAAUUCCAUACAUACCAUUUCCAACCAUGAUGUCUUGUACCAAAUCGUUCGUCUCUUUCGUGCUCUGCCUUUCGUUGCUAGCAUCUCCGGUCCUUGCCCGAACCAGCAUCGCCACCGGAGGGGGCGCCGGCGGAGGUGCCAGCCGGGACUCUAUCAAGAAGGCCACCAAUACCGGUAGCUCCUCGAAACCCACCAACAACAGCAGCAGCAGCAACAGCAGCAGCAACAACAACAGCAGCUGGAACAACCGCAACCCGAGCGGAGGGAGCUUCAACAGCAACAACAGCAAUAAAAACAACAACAGCAGCAGCAGCAACAACAACAACAACAACAACAACAAUAAUAACAACAACAACAACGCCGCCGGAGCCAUCACCGGCAACGGAAACUACGGGACCCUGGCCAACCGCAACUCCCCCGUCAAGUGUCCCAUCUGCCCCAACCAGUGGUUCCAGAACAAUCGCAUCACCACCGCCGGAACCGCCAAGACCUGCGGGGCCCUCCAGGAGUCCGUCCAGGACGUGGACCCCGGCCAGAACGCCCACACCGCCACCUGGUGCGGCCAGACCCGAGAGAUCGCCCUCACCGGCGGCUGCUGCGUCCAGCCAUGGCAGCAGUACGUGAGCAAAAUCAACGGCCCCUGCGACCUCUGCGGGAGCGCCGGAAUCAAGCCCAGCAUGAUCGGCGGGGAAGCGGUAGACACGAAAUACAUCGGGGCCCACGAGUGCUCCAGCCUCUCGGCGGCCCUCCAGUCCGGGGUCGUUUCGCAGGACACCUGCACCCUCAUCAAGACCGGCAGCGACGUGGUCUCCAAGUGCUGCAACGCCUACGCCAUUCAGGGCCGGUCGGCCUCCGUCCCGGAAAAGGAGCCGAGGGCCGCGGGCUUUUUGCGCGGCGCGGCCGGGAACUAAGAAGGGCGCCUGCAUUCGAGCGGAGGAGAGCCAAGCCAAGUGCUGUGCUUCCCAACCGGAUUGGAUGCGAUGCGAUCCGAUCCGGGCAGCGGCCGGCCUGCUCACCAGGAAAGGCCAAGCCAAGCCAAGCCAUGCCAAGCCAUGCCAUAUCAAGCGAUAAGAUGCGAUGCGAUGCGAUGCGAGUCCAGUCCUUGCCAGCGGACCCGAGCCCCAAUCGAUCGAUCGAUGGAACCACGCCUGCGAAGUUUGGCGUGCAGGCAUUGACCGCGCGGAGACUCGGCCUGCAACGCCGUGCCCUGCCGUGCGGUGCUCUGCAAUGCAAUGCAAUGCAACGCCCGCUGUACAUUCGUUCGGAACGUGCAGUGCAAAGCGAUGCAAUAUGUGUGCCUUCCUUUCUUUGCUACCGCGACUGCUAUGCGGUACUACGAAGAAAUAGCUGUAAUUUUUAAGUCGUUGUACGAACGACGACUACUUUUGAUCUCAACAGUCCCAACAACCAACUAAGAAAAACACGAAACACUAAUCGUUGUAACACUAGAACAAAUAACUCAAUCACGG